AUGAAUGUGCGAAUUACGCUUCUGUCGUUAAUACACGUCCUGUACACCGCUUUUGCAAAUAUUGUAACUGAAGUUGCAGACACCACCAACAAAGCAUCACUUGUUGAAGCGUCAGUGGCAGCCGAUGCUCGUCCCUUACGCCGAACCACUCAUGGCGAGAUACAGGGCUAUUUCAUGGAAUCAAGUGGAACCCUGGCUGAAGUUUAUGAAGCUGUCCCAUAUGCUCAGCCACCAAUCGCCUCCUUACGUUUCCAACCGCCGAAGCCACUUGGCGAAUGGAAUGAAACGCUAGACUGUGGCAAGGAUCGAAUGGUUCGAUGCGUACAGUUUGGAGAAAAACACAGCAAAACUGAAACCGAAGAUUGCUUGUACCUCAACAUCAUAAUACCUCGCAAACAAGUGGUCUGA